AUGGUCACUGAAGUCUCAUUUAUUUGCACAUUUGGGACCCCUGGAAGGGACAUGAUGAUUACUGCAUUCACAGUGCUGUUCUACCCUGGACUGAGUCUGGACCUCAGGAACACAGUUGUGGCAGGCACACUUCCCAUACCCACCCUUUGGGCUGAGCCAGGCUCUGUGGUCACCAAGGGACAGUCAGUUACUAUCUGGUGCAAUGGUACUCAAGAUGCCCAGGAGUACAAGCUGUGUAAAAAGGAAAAUUCAAAAGCCUGUAAGACACAGACCUUACUUGAACCUGGGAACAAGGCGAACUUCUCUAUUUCAUUCAUGACAGAGUACUAUGCAGGAUUCUAUUACUGCUACUAUUACAACUCUGCUGGCUGGUCAGGAUACAGUAACAUCCUAGAGAUGGUGGUGACAGGAUUCUACAGCAAACCCAGCAUCUCAGCCAUUCCAAGCUCCCUGGUCACCUCAGGAGAAAAUGUGACCCUCCAAUGUAGUUCACACCAGGGCUAUGGAAGGUAUGCCCUGACUAAGGAAGGAGAAGAAAAUGUGUCCGGGAUUCAGGACUCACAGAAACAACCCAAUGGGCAUUUUAUGGCUCUGUUUCCUGUGGGCCCAGUGACUUCCAAACACAGAUGGGCCUUCAGAUGUUAUGGCUACUACAAGAGAACCUCCCAGGUGUGGUCAGUUCCCAGUGAUACCCUACAGCUCCUUUUUUCAGAUUCAGACUCACAAGAUCACACAGUGGAGAAUAGCAUCAGGAUGGCUGUGGCUGCCUUGGUUCUGGUGGUUCUUGGGAUUCUGCUCUUUGAGGCUCAAAAUAGCCAGAAGAUACCCCAAGAUGAAGUGAGGGGACCCCAGCCUCCUCCCCAGCUCUGCAGUAGAACAAAUGUGGAAGCCGUCACUGUUUCUGUCUUCAUCUCUGGCCACAGCUCCGCCUUUCUCCCUGGAGGCCUGCUGCCAUCUAGGACAAGUAAGCGAGAUGCCCACACUCCAAGCCCCCAGUUGCUGGGCCAGCAGCAAGCCUACCAGCUGGGUGCUUCUACCAUUCCCUCUGUACUCCAUCUUCUGAUCUACACCUCUACCUUCAGUCCUAGAUCUGCACUCUACUUCCCUGGCUGCACCUCAGACUGCCUCAUUGGAAGCUAA